AUGGGGAUUAGAGGAAAUUUACAUCCAGAAAUUAUUGGUAAACGAACUUUUUUACCACCGGCGUGUUAUGCCCUGACUAAGGAAGAAAAACGAUCUUUCUGUACAUCAUUGUCUCACGUUAAAGUACCCGAAGGGUAUUCUUCAAAUAUCUCCAAUUUGGUGCCGGAGGGUUCAAUUGUUGAAUCCUACAUCGUUGAAGAGGCUGUAGAAUUUUGUUCAGACUUCUUGUCAAAUGUAGCAACUGUUGGGUCGUGUCUUCCUAGAUUUGAUAAUGAAAUUAGUAAAGGGGGUCGGGGUGUUUCUGUUUGCGACGUAAGUCGAGCUGAUCGAGAGGAAGCACACCGACUCGUUUUGCAAAAUGUUGAUGAGGUUCAACCGUACAUUGAGAAACAUUUUGAUUGGAUCAAGACUACUUAUCCUAGUAAGUCGAGGAACCACAAAUGGGUGCAAGAUGAACAUUAUCGAAAUUUUAGUACAUGGUUGAAAGAAAAGGUGAUUGUGGAAAUGAGUGACUCCCCGAACAAUGUAUCUCAGUUGCUACUUUCGAUAUCGCAUUUUCCUUCAUUUCUUGUACUAAAGUAUCAAUCAUACUACAUAAAUAGUACUCAAUUUAACACGAAAGAUCGUGAUGCUUCUAGAAAAACACAAAAUAGUGGUGUCAUGAUUGUUGCUAGUGCUAUCCAAGUAGCUAGUUCAAAAGACAAAAACCCUAUUGAAUGUGAUAUGACCUUUUAUGGUGUAAUCAAAGAAAUUUGGGAAUUAGAUUACAUUAGCUUUCGAAUCCUGUUUUUCUUUGUGAUUGGGUGA